AUGUACUACAGCAACAUUACCAGCCUCACCAUUGGCGUGCUCCUCGUCAACAACGGCAUCCAAAUGACGGACGUUGCUUCCGUCGAUGUCCUCACUAUGGUCGGCAAAGACUACAUGACUUUGCUUCCAAACAAUCCCGGGGCAAACGCGAUCGCGUCGCUCGCGUCGCCGAUGUCGGUUGUCUACAUCACUGAGAACGGCACGACCCCGAUCGCCCUCACAGGAGGCGCAGAGAUAGAUGCGAACUACACUAUCGAGGACGCUCCGAAGCUCGACAUCCUCGUCGUUCCGGGCCCAGCUCUGGACUACGUUCCCGACGAGAAAGUCAGGUCCUUCAUCAAGUCCACGAACGACGAUGGAGGGCACAUCCUGUCAGUGUGCACCGGGAUCCUCGCCGUCGCACCCUCGGGCGUCCUGGACGGCAAGAAUGGUACUGCCCUGCUCGGGAUAGUCCCGGAGAUGCGCGAGCUCUGGCCGAAGGUCGAGUGGAAGGACACGCGCCGCUGGGAGAGGAACGCGGCCGAGGGCACCAAGGGACAGGUUUGGUCCAGUGGUAGUAUCGCCAACGGGAUAGAUCAAGCUGCCGCCUUCGUUCGGGAGCACUGGCCCGCUGAGAUUGCCGAGCCCAUGAUGUACCUGGCGUCCGUCCCCGAACGCCCUGCGGAGUACAGCGAGGAGGAGAAGGAAUGGGGUGACAAGUGGACUGCUAUCCUCAGUUAG